AUGGACCACGACAGGGUCAGCCGUCGUCAAGGGGCUCCUGAAGACCUGAAACGAGCCAUGUUUCGCAUGCUCGUCGCCAUGUGCUUCGCUGAGGUGCUCGCCGCCGACAACACCGUCAUCCCGUCCGUUGAGGCGUUACAAAGGGAGUUCGUCACGUCGGCCGUCGGCUUCCGGGUGUUAGGCAUGUGCCCCACGGUCACCACGGUCCUAUUCUGGCGACGGUGGAAGAGAAUGCUGUCCCUCCGGUGGCGGCAGGAGGAGCUAUUCGUACCUUGGCGCCGUCGUGUUGGAGGGGCUCCGGGCCGCGUCGUGCUCGACGCGAUCGCCGUCGCCGCGAUGCAGGGAUUGGGCUCGAUCAGGAUGGGCGUCCUCGCGCUAUGGGAUGGCCGCGACAAUUCCUUCCUUUCUCAAGGUGCCCGCGGCGAUCGCGGUGUCUCGCGCUUCUUUUCUUGGCCGGUGGAUCGCCGUGAGCCCAACUCGAAUCCCUGCCACGGACCGCGUCCUAGCGCGGAGCGACCCCGUGAAAGGAACGUCGUCCACGAGCCCGAGGCGCACGCAGCAGGCGACGACGACGUUCCACUUGACGGGCGGCGCGUCCUCCGUCUCGAGCACCCGCUUGGCCGCGCCCACGUCCGCGCUCUCGGCGUACAUGCCGGCGAGGAAGCCCGGCACGAGCGGGUGCGCGGCGACAUGGGCCACCUUGGCGGCGUGCGCGUGCACGGCCCGACCCCUGUGCGGCCGCACGCGUAA